GGAGGAGGAAGAAGAAGAGGAGGAUGGAGAUGGGUGGUGUUGGUAACGACGACCACAGCAGCGGCGGUGGUGAUCAUGGCGGUGGGGAUGGGAGAGAGCACGUGGUGAUGUUCCCGUUCAUGGCGAAGGGGCACACGGUCCCGGUCAUCCACCUCGCCGCCGCGCUCUCCCGCCGCGGCCUCCGCGUCACCAUCCUCACCACCCCGGCCAACGCCCCCUUCCUCCGCCGCAGCCUCCCCCGNCCCCGCCUUCCUCCGCGCCACCGCGCUCCUCCGCGCCCCGCUCCGCCGCCUCUUACUCCAACUCGUCGCCGACUCCUCCUCCUCCUCCCCUCGCCCGCUCUGCUUCGUCGCCGACUUCUUACUCUCCUGGUCCCUCCCCAUCGCCCGCGGCCUCGGCGUCCCCGCCCUCGUCUUCCACGGCAUGUCCGUCUUCUCCAUGGCCAUGUGCAAGUCCAUCUCUCCGCGCUCGUCACCCCACCCUCCCCCUCCUCCUCCUCCGCCUUCGCCGCCGCCAUUAAUGGCGGCGACGAAGUCCCCUUCACCGUCCCCGGGGACCCGCGGAGCCUCCUCUUCGCGCCGUCCGAGGUCCCCAGCGAGGUGCGCAACCCCGCGAACCCCGAGGACCCGGUGACCCGGUUCCUGGUCGAGGAGAUCGGCCCCGCCGAGCGCCCCGCGAGCUGGGGCGUGCUGGUCAACAGCUUCGCCGAGCUCGACCGCGAGUACGUUGACUUGUUCGAGGGGUUCUACCGCGGCGGCGGCGGCGGGGCCCGCGCGUGGCUCGUGGGCCCCAUGUCCCUCCUCGCCGCCCGGGUCAACGCCGAGGAGGAGGAGGACCCCACCGACCACGACCCGGAAGGGUGCCUCGCGUGGCUCGACGAGCACCGGCCCGGGGAGGCCGUGUACGUGGCGUUCGGGACGCAGGCCCACGUGGCGGACGCGCAGCUGGACGAGGCGGCCCACGGGCUGGUGGGGUCGGGCCACCCGUUCCUCUGGGCCGUCCGAUCCGAGACGUGGGCCCCGCCGGCGCCGCUCGCCGCGCAGAUCCAAUCCCGGGGCAAAAUCGUCCGGGGGUGGGCCCCGCAAAACGCGAUACUGGGCCACGUGGCGGUCGGCGGAUUCGUGACGCACUGCGGGUGGAACUCGGUGCUGGAGAGCCUGUCGGCCGGGAAGCCGAUGCUGGCGUGGCCGAUGAUCGCCGAGCAGGUGCUCAACGCCAAGCACUUGGUGGAGAUCCUGGGGGCCGGGGUGAGGGUGCGGGACAUAAUGAGCGACGGGAUUGUCACGCGGGACGAGGUGGCGGCGGGGGUGAGGGAAGUGAUGGGGGGAGGCGGGGAGAGGGGACAGAGGGCGCGGGCAAGGGCAGUGGAGCUGCGGGAUGCGGCGGCAGCGGCCGUGGCGGAGGGGGGCACAUCGUGGGUGGCGCUGGAGAACUUGCUGCAGGAGCUCCGAAAGAUUAAAAAUUAUGAAACUGCAAGUAGUAAUACUGAAAACUCAAUGAAAGAUGAUGUUGAACGCCGUACGAAAGAAGAGGAGUCGCAACAGCACGGAGUCCAAAUUGUUUGAAUACAGUUAUGCUUCGCAGCACGCCUUGGAUUACGAUAGAAUCAGACGAAAGAAGAGGAGUCGCAACAAAACGGAGUCCAAAUCGUUUGAAUGCAGUUAUGCUUCGCAGCACGCCUUGGAUUUCGAUAGAAUAAGACAAAAGAACGAAGAGUUUCGAUAAUUUAAAUGUAUUUUAUGUGCGUCGGGUUCCUUGAGAGAUCAUGGAACUCAAUUCCUGUUCAAUCCAAAUAUGCUUGUAGCAGAAUGGCGUGCAGGUAAUAUGACUGUUGUAGGAGUAUUUUGUUCUA